GAGUCGGACCAGACACACAUCAACCAUGCUGCAACUGAAAUGGGUAUUCUCCGUAUUAUAUCUUCUCUCGCGAUGCCCUGUGUGUGAGGCUUAUGUGGUCAGACGGUCCGGCAAGGCACGAUCAUCAGAUGAGUCUUUCUCAGGAUUUCUUUCUGACCACCCUUUUAGCAGCCUGUCAGGUUCCUGCAAAAACAGGUGCUUUGAACUAGUGGAAAGUGAACCCCCAAACUGUCGCUGUGACAACCUGUGCAAAACAUACAAUACUUGUUGCUCAGACUUUGAUGAGCACUGCCUGAAAACAGCCGGGGACUUUGAGUGCCGUAAAGACCGCUGUGGUGAAACUCGCAAUGAACAGCAUGCCUGUCACUGCUCAGAGGACUGCAUGGCUAAAGGAGACUGCUGCACCAACUACAGGUCUCUCUGCAAAGGUGAUGUUCCCUGGUUGCAGGAAGAGUGUGAAGAGAUUAAAAACCACGAGUGUCCAGCUGGGUUUGUUCGGCCGCCGAUCAUCAUGUUGUCUGUUGAUGGCUUUCGUGCAUCUUACAUGAAAAGAGGAAGCAUGGUGAUCCCCAAUAUUGAGAAACUCAGAUCAUGUGGAACACACGCACCAUACAUGAGACCUGUGUACCCCACCAAAACCUACCCAAAUUUGUAUACAAUUACAACAGGGCUUUAUCCCGAGUCGCAUGGAAUUGUGGGUAACUCCAUGCAUGACCCUGGCUUUGAUGCCAACUUUAACAUCCGUGGGAAAGAAAAGCUUAACCAUCGAUGGUGGGGAGGACAACCUAUCUGGAUAACAGCAGUGAAGCAGGGAGUAAAGGCUGGUACGUUUUUCUGGCCAGUUGGCAUUCCAUUGGAAAGGAGAGUUCUGACCAUGUUGCAGUGGCUUCACCUUCCGGAUGCGGAGAGGCCAUAUGUUUAUGCAAUGCAUUCUGAACAGCUGGAUUCCUAUGGCCACAAACUAGGACCCCACAGCACUGAGCUUGACAGUGCACUGAAGGACAUUGAUAAGGUGAUUGGACAGCUAAUGAAUGGCCUGAAACAGAUGAAACUGCACCGUUGUGUCAAUAUCAUCUUGGUUGGAGACCAUGGCAUGGAGGAAGCUCAUUGUGACCGCACAGAGUUCCUGAGCUCUUACAUGUCCAACACUGAGGACAUCAUCCUAAUUCCUGGGUCUCUGGGAAGAAUCCGAGCCCGAAAUUCAAACAACUCUAAAUAUGAUGCAAAAGCAAUUGUAGCAAACCUUACGUGUAAAAAGCCAGACCAGCACUUCAAACCUUACUUGAAGCAGCAUCUUCCCAAACGUUUGCAUUAUGUCAACAACCACAGAAUUGAGGAGGUUCACUUGAUGGUUGAGAGGAAAUGGCACAUAGCACGGAAGGUCUAUGAAUCAAAAAGGAAUCAUGGGAAAUGUGGGUUUGCUGGUGAUCACGGAUAUGACAAUAAGAUCAACAGCAUGCAGACCAUUUUCCUUGGAUAUGGACCAUCUUUCAAAUUCAAGACAAAAAUUCCACCUUUUGAGAAUAUUGAGCUUUAUAAUGUCAUGUGUGAUCUCCUUGGUUUGAAGCCUGCCCCCAAUAAUGGUACCCAUGGUAGCCUUAACCAGCUUUUGAGGGCCCCUGUAUACAUACCCAGCAUGCAUGAAGAAGUGUGCAAGCCAAACCCUGUAGGACCAGUCACAGCUCUUAAUGAUGACUUGGGCUGCACCUGUGAAGACAAGGUUAGCUAUAGAGUAUUUUCAGAUCUUAAUAAAUCCUUUUACAUGUCUAUUAGGAAAUGUUUAUUCUGA